UGUUUUUCUCUGUUCUUCCAGAUGUAUUGCGUAUUUUUAACAUAACAGUGCAUUCUGCCAUUAAGCUGGGCAAUAGGGGGGACAGAUCAGUUCGGUUCCAAAGAAAUUUGAAACGUUGGACAAAUUUGCUUCAAAAGAAAUAUUAACUUCUUGAAAAAAAAAAGAAAGAAAGAAAUGACCUGUCCGGGCUGUACCCCACCUCUUGUCGACACCCGCUGGAUCUUCCCCGCGACCCUGCAAGGACAAGAUUACUUCGGAACGGAUAACUUCAGCAAUAAAAGAAAAAAAAUAAAUAAAUUAACAUAUUGAACAAAUUCUUGACAGCUGCUUCAUUCUCACCAUUGCUCGUGUCAUUUGGCUGGCCAUGGUGGAGUUUGCACAUACGCUGCUGUAAAUGCAUUGCUGUGCAUAACCGUUGAAAGGGCACACGUACCCGGACCUCCUUGCAGAUUGUGAAGUCAUGCCGUUUUUGGAGUUCGUAGCUGGGAGCAUUUCAGGUGCAGUGGGAAUCGCAGUGGGACAUCCGUUGGACACAGUGAAGGUGCGUCUGCAAGCCAAGUCUGUGUAUAAAGGGAUAUUUGACUGUGUGACCAAGACAUACUUGAACGAAGGAUUUUAUGGAUUCUUCAAGGGCAUGUCCUUCCCUGUUUUGACCACUGGCCUUGUCAACUCCAUUGUCUUUGGCUCCUACAGUAAUGCUUUAGAUUACCUCUCUCAGUCUGAUCGUCGUCUCACCAGCCACCGCAAACAAGUGUCUUCACUACAAGUCUUUACUGCGGGUUGCUUUUCAGGCAUGGUGCAGGUGCUGGUUUGUGCCCCGAUUGAUCUGGUGAAGGUGCGUCUGCAGGGUCAAACAACGGCCGAGCGGUACCGUGGACCCAUACACUGUGUGGCAGUCAUACUCCAACAGGAGGGGGUCAGGGGUCUCUAUAGAGGAGGGGUGGCUCUGGCUCUGAGGGACGUACCAUGCUACGGACUCUAUUUCCUGCCUUAUGAGCUCAUUCGUAAGGCCCUGACUGAGACCGGAGAAGAACCAGGUACCUUUGCCAUACUGAUGGCAGGAGGCGUGGCAGGUUUGGUGACCUGGGCAUGUGCCACGCCCAUGGACGUCGUGAAAGCUCGGCUCCAGAUGUCUGGAGCCGGUGGUCAGCAGUACAGCGGGGUCCUGCACUGCAUGAGAGUGAGCUUGAAGGAGGAAGGAGUCAGAGUCUUCUUCAAAGGCCUCCUGCUGAACAGCGUCAGGGCGUUCCCCGUCAACGCCGUGACCUUCCUGACCUACGAGAGUCUGCUGAAGAGCUUCUGUCCAUCAGGCAAAUAGGAAAAACUAUUUUCAGUGAAUGAGCGCCAAAGGACGCAACGAAGUUAACGCUACGUCUGAUAUUUUCAAGGUGAUAUUGUAAAGAGAUGUAAAAAUCUGUACACAGAUCAAGGCUAAAACAGCCAAAGUUAGAUGAGGUAAUGUAUGCUCUGAUAAAAGAUAAACAAAGCUAAACAGCUUAGCUGUACCUCAAUACCUCAGUAACACAACAGAGAAUCCAAUAUUUUUACUGUAGAAAGUGUUCCAUGUUGCAGAUGUGCAAAUACUCAUCAAAACCUAUUAUUACCUAACUCUUAGGUUAGAUGGUCAAGUAUUUAAAAAACAAAAAGUAAAAUGAAGCCGUCACAGCAAAAGUAGCAAAACUAAAAAUGACACCCUUGGUUCCAAAGUAUGUGCACUGUACAAAUGAGGGGCAUAAUCAUCACAGAUAGGCUUAUUUUAUAGACAUGACUGGACUCGGUGUUUCAUUUAUUGUUCUUAAUUUCUUCAAGUUUUUGAACCAUGUAAAAUGUCUUUUAGAUUCACAUGCAUGAAUUAUUUGGCUUUGCCAAGUCCUUUGGUAGCUACAAAUGUGAAUCUUUAAAGAUUUAUGUUGUUACCACACAUCUACCUCAAAGAUGCUAGUUCUCCACUCGUCUUGCAGAUUUGGAUGAUCUGUUAGGCCAAUCCUAAUCCCAGAACGUUUGAAAUGUUUUGAAUUAUUCUGCUUGUUUGCUUAUGAUAAGUGCAGUCUGUGUUGUUAUCUGACCCUGAAGGUUUUAUUGCAAGCUGUCAACGUGUAAGAUCCGAAUUUAUGCGUUAAACUAGUUUUAGACUUUAAAAGCCGAUGAGUUUUGCCUUGAAACAGGUCACCAAUGUGAAACACGUUUUUUUCUGCACACAACUUUCAAAUACAGUUUAUGCUGUAUGUACUGUAAUUCUCGAAAAUAAUGAAGAACUGUAUUAAAAGGGUUACUAUUA